AUCGGCGGGACGGACAAAUCAGCAGAAGAAGGAGGGAGGAAGAGAAAGAAGAGGAAGAGGAGGAGGAGGGCGUGAGCUCUGGACACGGCGGGCAAACACACAGAGAGGGAAGAGAGAGAAAGAGAAAACGGCAUGUUUGACUUCUGAUCUGCUCAUAUUUGCAGUUUGAAUUGCUUUUAUCUUCAGAGCUGCGUCUUUUACAGAGGCGCAAAGUGCAGGUGUGGAUUUCUCUGACUUUUAGAGAAGAAACCUGACCGUCACUUGUGUUAAGGUGCACAACUCACAUGUCUAAUAUGAAGCCCCGCAGCGAGGAUGAGGAUGACGAUCGGAAGCCUAAAGACACUGACACAGAACCCAAGAAUUCAAAAAAGAUUUUGAGCAAAGUGAAAUGGUCCAGAGAAGAGGACGAGAGGCUAAAGAAGCUUGUUGAACAAAAUGGAACCGAAGCAUGGAAACUGAUUGCUAAUUAUUUCCCAACUAAAACAGAUGGCCAGUGUCAACACCGCUGGCAGAAAGUUCUCAACCCGGAGCUGGUGAAAGGGCCAUGGACAAAAGAGGAGGAUCAGAGGGUUAUAGAACUGGUGCAUAAAUACGGCCCGAAGCGGUGGUCUGUCAUCGCUAAGCACCUGCAGGGCCGCAUUGGCAAGCAGUGUCGAGAGCGCUGGCACAACCACCUCAACCCUGAGGUGAAGAAGUCCUCCUGGACCCAGGAAGAGGAUCGAAUUAUCUAUGACGCGCACAAACGGCUUGGUAACCGCUGGGCUGAGAUCUCAAAGCUGCUGCCUGGAAGGACAGACAACUCUAUUAAAAACCACUGGAACUCCACCAUGCGCAGGAAGGUGGAGCAGGAAGGUUAUCUGCAGGACAGCAACAGGAGCAUGAGCGUUGAUCAGCCUCAGAAGAGACGCCAUAAAGGCUGUCAGUCUGUGGAGCACUCGCACGGUCACAGCCAUCUGCUCGUGAACAGCCAGUCACAGGUCACAAGAUACAUGUACAGCUCUGCGAGUGGACAGGGUAUGGACAGCAUCACAGAGAGCUCGAACUUCAUGAGGCCGUGCCACGACGAUCCCGACAAAGAACAGCGAAUUAAGGAGCUAGAGCUGCUCCUUAUGUCAGCUGAGAAUGAAGUCAGAAGACAGUCCGGUCCUUGUAACCCAGAGAGCUACUCAAGCUGGUCAGACAGUCUGGCGGAUGAUACCAUGAGCACAACAGGGACUUCUGAAGAGCCAGGUGUUGAGCUGGGUAGAGCGGAGAAGGGCCGCACUCCUUCUGCACCACUGCAUGUCUCUCCCAGCAAGUUCUUGGCAGUGGAGGCCAGUGCUGUGCUCUCUAGUCUCCAGACCAUUCCUGAGUUUGCAGAAACGAUAGACCUCAUCGAUUCGGAUCCUAUGGCCUGGAGCGAGGUGGGAAGUUUUGAUUUAUCUGAGUCUGUCAGUGCUCCUAAAGCCCCUGUCCUCGAUGGCACUUACCCAGCUCAAGAUGACGGCUCAGAGGACGUUGGGUACAACACUCCUGCCACUGCUCUGUGCAGGCCUCACGAUGGAAUGAGUCAGGGGAAACCCGUUUCUCAUAGCUCUCGCACUGUGGGUAAAUUCAACUCCCCUUCGGUGUCCCUGCCGAGGAAGAAGACGAGAGAGCGAGCAGACCAGUCACUCAAUGAUGACACAAACUGCGGUUCUUUCACAGACAACACCAGGAGCUCUCUGAAGAGCACACCAGUUAAAGGACUUCCGUUCUCACCCUCUCAGUUUUUCAACAUAUCUGGUACUGAGCAUUUGAACCUGGACAAUCCUGCACUAACGUCCACUCCGGUGUGUGCACAGAAAAACUUUUCCAGCACACCUCAGCAGAGAGAAACCACACCCAAACAUCAGAAGGAGAAUGCUGGUUUCAGGACACCCAAAGUUCGCAAGUCCAUUAUGGCCCACUCCCCGAGGACACCCACUCCCUUCAAAAAUGCCUUGGCUGCUCAGGAAAAGAUGCAUGGACCAUUAAAAAUGGUGCCUCAGCCCCUGGCCUUCUUAGAGGAGGACAUUAGGGAAGUGUUAAAGGAGGAGACAGGGACAGAUAUCUUCCUUCAUGGACAGCCUGAACAAAGGGCGUAUGAGGUGGAUGCUCCUGCCAGGAAGGUGAGGAAGUCUUUACUACUGGACAGUUGGGGGAAAGACGGUCUCAAUGUGCAACUGUUCCCUCAGCAGCAGAUCAACAGUGUUGCUCAGUCUCAUAACGAUGGCAUGUUGAGCAGCGCAAUUCUGAUGACCCAACUGACAGAAGGAGAGGAGGAUCUCACCUGCUCUUCUGGCGCCCUGAAAAUGGACUCCCAACUCGCCAUCUGCCCUCUCAGCCCUCAGGCAAAAAAGGAGCUUCUUACACACCGAAGCCCAGUCUAUCAAGCCUCCACACAGGUGAGCAGUGAGUGGGAGGCAGUGGUGUUUGGGAAGACACAAGACCAGCUUAUCAUGACUGAGCAAGCGAGGCACUACUUGAACUCUUCCCAGUUGCCAUCAUGCACCUCCAGAGCACUGGUCCUGUGAGCUCCAUAGCUCCUCUCUGCUCCUUACAGCAGCCCCCUCAUUCCUCGCACUUCACUUUUAGACAAUCUGGUGUAGGAAACUAAAUUUUCACCUUUUUUGUAUGUGUGUUUAAGACUUACAGUGUAUUACAAAUGAUUUUAACCCACAAACAGGCGCAUUAAUGAAUUUUGUAACUAAAAGAAUGCAACCAGUCUUCCUCUUAAGAUCACACUUUUUUUUUAAAUGACUGUUCUAGAUUUAUUGAUCUGGAAUAAGGUCGUUCAUUGGACGUCUCGGGAAACGUCUUUUUAUCCCCCCCUCGGUUGUCAGAUACUGAGAUGUAGAGCGAGAGAAAGAAUUUCAUUUUAUUGAGCAUUUUCUCUCUUUUGCUCUUGUUGUGUCACUUCCAAACAACUAAGGAAAUUCCAAAGAAAAAGAUUUUUGGUGGAGUUCAUCACUGGGGAAAAAAGAAAAGAAAUCACAUACCAGUUAGUCCUUUGAGAUAUUUAACCCAUUGCUUUUUAGUGGAUUUUUUUAUUUUUAUUUUUUUUAACAAAAGUGGUUAAGGAUCGAAGAGAACUAGCAGUGUUGCACUAGCAGUGUUGCACUACUGAUUGUGGGUAACUGUAAUAGGGAGGGGCUCAAACGUGUUUAAGAGGAACUGGAUAGCACUUGCGAUGUGACUGUUUAGGCUCGAACCAUAAUAAUGGUUCUCCAUGUUUUUUGCUGAGUUUGACACUCACUGAAUGUAUUGUACAGCAUUUAAUUGCUAAAGUAGCGAAUGUCGAAUGGAAGGGUACCUCUUUUUUCUUUUCUUUUUUUUCUUUUCGUUUUCUAAUUUAUUCGUUGCUGUAAUUCGAGUUGUUGAGAUGUUUAUUGAGCACCUGGACUGUCCAGUUUCGAAGCAGACUUACCAUUUGCUGACAGACACGGCAGUGACUGCAGCCUAAAAACAAAACCAACGACUUGCAUCCUAGCUGCUUUAGUUUUCAACCUAUCAGAAGUCAUUUUUGAUACUGAUUUUUAAUAUGCAGUCUCACACAAUUAACAUGUUCCAAGUCGAGAUGAAUUUCUCCAACGUUUAAGGCUGUAGGUUCUAUUUAUUAAAUCUUAACUAAUUUAUUUAUUUCAAAGCUAUAAAGAGAAUUUUAUUUCUGUUGUGUUAAGAACAACUCUACUGAUUUGGCUACCGUCCAUCAGAAACAUUAAAAAAAAAAAAAAAAAUUAAUAACAUACACUGCCACUAAUCAUUCGUUAAUAAUUGGUUUCAAUCUAGCCUCAAUCUAGUCACCUCCAAAGUUCUGUGUGAGAUUAUAUGAGAUUAAUUACAUUACAGGUAGCAGCAUUUAGCUUCCAAACGUUUGCGUAGGCAAAUUGCACUUUUUAAAUGUUGUUCAAGUGUCUGUUUUUGAUCAUUUUUUUAAUUUCUUUUUAUUUCUUUUUUAAAAUCCCCUGAAGUGUUUACAUUUCUGUGAUGGUGAUUGAUUUGAAGUGGGUGAUUUUUCUUGUACAAAUGAAACACUGACUGAUAUAUGGACUAAAGAUUUCCUCUCUCACAAUAAUUCUGCAGGUAUAAUUGCAGGCUGUGCUGUAGCUGGGAAUCAAAAAAAGACAUGAACAGAACACAAUCCUUUGGAGAUGUAGAACAGUUUUACUGCUUAAAUCUAACUUUGUUUUGGUGUAGAAGGUAAUUGAGAAAUAUACAGUAGAACAUUUGUCCAGUCAGUGUCAGUGUGUUAUACUGGUCAAUGUGAAAUUAUUCGGUAGGUUUUUAAAGGGUCUACAUUAAGGCAUUAUAAUUAAAACAAGCCUCAGUGAUGUGCUGAGAGCUUUUUAUAAAAUCAGUUGGUUAGUCCAACACUAAGAUGUCCUGUUCUCUGGGUAGCUUUACUUUAUUAUAAUUUUUUUUUUAAUAUUAUUUUUUAUUUUAUUUUUUUCUAUUUUAAUUCUAUAUAGAAUGUAUUUGCAAAUCCCAGAGUUCAUUAGGUUAUUCACCCAUUUUAUAGCAUAAGAUUGAAACUUGUUUAAAAUAAUAAUGCAGGUUACAGAGUUGUGAGGCAUGUGUUUACAUUUUUGUCUUGUUUUUUUAAUGUAGGUGUUUACUGUCUAAAGUUCUACAUAACACUCAACCACCUAAUCGUAGAUUUUGAAGGGAAGUAUAUAUAUGUAGCAGUUUAAAUAAAUGCAUGACAAACAGUACUUUCAACAUAUCUGAUUUAUACACAUUUUUACAAGCAAGACAUUUUACUUCCAACACUAUUCUGCUGAACAUAUAUUGCCUGCCUCUCUGAAUCCUGCCAUAUACAUUUGGGACCCUUGUGUGUAUUGAGGGUGGGAAAUAAAAAUGCUUUGU